GGGGCUCAAACAAGGGCACAUAUCGGCAUUAAAAAGGAAGACUUACUGUUGAAGUCCACACAUACCCAUCGCCUAUUUCUUCCUAAGUCUGCCAUUGAAUUAUCUUCACAUUUCCAAACCAUUCACAAGGCAGAUUGGUUUCUUCAGAGUUGGUUUUUGACUUUGAGAGGCAAUACCAUGGGUGACAUGCUAGCAAAUGCUUUGGUGAAUGUGGUGAAUUUGGUGAGUGAUUAUUACUACCUUGACAAGAAAAUGCAAAAUCUUAAGAGGAAGGUUGAACAACUUAGUUGUCACAAAGCUGAUAUGGUUGCAAGGCUAAGAGAGGAAGAACAUCAUCCAGGGAAAAGGCGAAAAAAUGUGGUCAAAUAUUGGUUGAGCGAAGUAGUAUCAAAGCAAAAAGAAUUCGAAAGCUUGGAAGUGGAAGUGAACCAAAAGAGUUGUAUUUCGCGUGUGAAAUUGGCGAAGCGGGCUAAUGCAAUGAUUGAGGAAGUGACAGAACUUCUUGAUCAAGGCAUAUUCUUUGAGGGGGUUGUACUAGAUGUUAGUGAGACAAUAGAGGAGAAAUUUGUAACUGUAGAAUGGAGAGGCCAAGCAUUUAAUGAAAAUUUGAAGACGGUUAAGAAUUAUUUAUUGGGGAAUGAGGUCUCAAGUAUUGGUGUCUAUGGCAUGGGAGGAGUUGGCAAAACAACACUGGCACAAUGUAUCUAUAAUGAGCUCAAGAAUGAAAGUUCGUUCUGCGGUAAUAUAUUCUGGUUCACCGUCUCGCAAGAUUUAAACAUUCACAAGUUGCAGGAUGACUUUCGAAAGGCCCUUAAACUAGAUCCUUUCGAUGAAGAUGAUGAGCACAAGAGGGCAGCCAAAUUGGGUGGGGCAUUGGAGAGAAAGAAGAGAUUUGUACUCAUGUUGGACGACGUCUGGACUCAUUUUUUGCUGGAGAGGAUUGGAAUUUCUCCCACUCUACAUGGAUUUAAGAUAAUAGUAAUUAGUCGAUCACUAGAGGUGUGUCGCAAAAUGAAAUGCCAAAAGUGUGUAAAAGUGGAAGUUCUUUCGGAUGAAGAAGAUUGGAAGCUAUUUAUGAACAAACUUAGUGAUGGCAAACGACUUCCACCCAAAGUGGAAGAGAUAGCAAGAGAAGUGGUAAAGAAGUGUGCUAGUCUGCCUCUUGCAAUUAUCACCAUGGCUGGAAGCUUGAGGGAAGUGGUUGACAUUCAUGACUGGAGGGAUGCCCUGGAAGAGCUGAUAGAGUCGUGUGUGGGACGAGAUGUCAUGGAAGAUGAGGUUUUUCCGAUAUUAUUGUGUAGUUUUAAUCGAUUGAGGGAUCCAAUACUAAAGCGUUGUUUCUUGUAUUGUUCCCUGUAUCCCGAAGACCGCAGAAUUGAAAGACACGUGUUGAUAUCAAGUUUCAUUUCAGAGGGGUUGAUGGAUACAAGAAGAAGCAGGCAAGCAUACUUUGACCAAGGUCACAAAAUAUUGAAUAAAUUGGAGAGCGUUUGCUUAUUGGAAAGAUGUGAAGAAUCUAACUAUGUAAAGCAGGGUGUGAAGAUGCAUGAUCUAAUAAGAGACAUGGCUUUAAAGAUCACAAAAGAUGACUACAUGGUAAAAGCUGGACUUCAGUUAAAGGAAAUUCCAGAGGAGCAGGAAUGGAAGGAAGAUUUGGUUAAGGUUUCCUUAAUGGAGAACAUGAUAAAAGAAAUUUCGAGAGUCACAUCACCCAAGUGUCCUAAACUUUCAACCUUGCUUUUGAUGUCCAAUCCUCUGAAGUUUAUUCCAGAUUCAUUCUUUUUGCAAAUGCGUGGCCUGCAUGUUCUCAAUUUGAGUCACACUCCGAUUGAGUACUUGCCCAGUUCCAUAUCGGACUUGAAGGAACUUAAUGCAUUAUUACUCAAUUUUUGUGUAUUACUUACGUUUCUACCACCAUUGGGAAACCUCAAGGAGCUGAAAGAGCUAGGCCUUCGUUUGACUUCCAUUAAGGAAAUACCCGAAGGCAUGAAAAGUUUAACCAAUCUCAAAUGCUUGGACACAGUUGACUCAUAUAUAGCAACAAUUCCAACGGGGACUUUACAAAGACUGUCACUUCUUCAGCAUCUAAUGCUACCUUUUAGAACGACAAUACCAAUAGAAGAAGUUGCAGGAUUGAAACAACUAGAAGACAUUCACUGCAAAUUUGGCAGCGUGAAUGAUUUCAACAUAUUUAUGAAGUCUCUACCAAGUGAUGGGCAGCUCAAUAUCUUUGAUAUUCGAAUAGGUGACACUCCUGUUUAUCAUACGAAAGAUUUGGUGGUAAAACAGAUAAUUUUUGGAACAGACAGUCUUAAGAAAGGCGAAAGAGGCAGAGACGAGAUUACGCUGCCACGAAAUAUCGAGAGAGUGGAGUUUGUCCGGUGUGGUCUGGAUAGCUGCUUAUUUGAUAAUAUCCAACAAGUAAAUAAUGCUAUAGAAUUGAAGCACUGCAUUGUUAAAGGCGAUGGAAUAGAGUUCAUUGUGAGAUUGUCGCUUGAGAAGGAACUGAUGCCACUCCAUUACCUUCAAAAUUUGAUCCUUGAGCACUUGCCGAAUUUUAUUGGUCUCAUCCGGUGGGAUGUAACACCAACAGUUGCACCGCUUCCACAUGGCCUUUUUUCUCGCCUUCAAAGUUUGAGGAUUUGGGGUUGUGACAAAAUCAAGAAGCUUCUCCCUCCGAGUUUGGUACUAAACCUUCAUAACCUCAAGCGGUUGAUUGUUUCUUCAUGUGCAAAAAUGGAAGAGAUAAUAGGAGAAGAUGAAAGUGAUGCAGGAUUCGGUGCAGAAAGUAAUACCGACAUCACCCUGCCAAGGUUAGAGUUUUUGCAACUCAGCAAUCUGCCAGAAUUAAAAAGCAUAUGCAAGGGGACAAUAAUCUGUCAUUCCAUUGAGGUAAUUUGUUUAUACGAUAUUACAAAAGUAAGGAAGGUGCCUCUGUUUCUGCAGCUUAACAAUGAUGGACAACUAUCUCCGCCCCCGUCUCUCAAAAUGAUAAAAGUAUUCGAAAAUGAUAAAGGAUGGUGGGAAUCAUUGGAGUGGGACCAGCCCAAUGCCAACAGCGUCCUUCAAUCCUUCGUUCAUUUACGUGUUUAGAACUUUAGUUUCCAAUUGCAUGUGGGUGAAUACUUUGAUUUGAGUCCUGAGAUGAAGAUAGAACCACUCUGCUUCCUUCUAAACUUGAUAUGUUUCAUGCUUUUAUUAUUAUUCAAUUCCGUCUCUUUGAAUUUUCUUUGGCAAAUAGACACGUUGCUAUGCAGCUACAAAAAUUCUUAGAAUGAAAUUUGAAUUUAUCAUUUUUGAUGCUUAGGGACGAAGAAACAUAAUUACAAGGUGUAAUUCCAAUCUCCCUACCUCAUAUUACCAUUUUCCCUUA